CGGUGCGUGCGGGCCGCCGCCGCCCGGGGAGGGGAUGGCGGGGCGCUGCUCUCCCUCCCGCCCACACGGCGCGGCGGCGGCGCGGGCGGCAUGUGGGCCGCGGCCCCUCUCCUGCUGCUGCUGCUGCUGCUGCUGCUCCUGCUCCUGCCGCGGCUGUGGCGGCGCGGAGCGGCGCCGCUGGAGCCGGCCGGCCGGGCCGUGCUCAUCACCGGCUGCGACAGCGGCUUCGGGCACCUGCUGGCGCUCCGCCUGCACCGCCUCGGCUUCACGGUCUUCGCCGGCUGCCUGUGCCCCGGCGGCGAGGGGGCGCGGCGCCUGCAGCGGGAGGCCGGCCCCGGUCGCCUGCGCGUCCUGCGGCUCGAUGUCACCCGCGCCCGCGACGUGCUGGCCGCCAAGGAGCUGGUGCUCAGCCACCUGCCCGAGCGAGGUUUCUGGGGGCUUGUCAACAAUGCAGGAAUAUCAACAUUUGGUGAGACAGGGUGGCUGUCUAUGGAGAAAUAUGAAAAAUUUGCAGAUGUGAAUCUCCUUGGGAGCAUCAGGACAACCCUGGCAUUUCUUCCCCUUCUAAGGAAAUACAAGGGCCGUAUUGUUUUCAUGUCCAGCAUUAUCGCCUAUUUUUCUUUGGGAAAUGGCAUUUAUUCUAUGACUAAGGCAGCUAUUGAAAAGUUUUGUGAUGCUCUAAGACUGGAAAUGAAGAAGUUCGGCGUCCAGGUCUGUAUUAUUCAGCCAGGAAAUUAUGCACGCUCUACAAAAAUUCAGCCACCAGUCAGUGCUGAAGAGAUUUGGAAUGAACUCAGCGAAGAGGAAAAGGCAGUUUACAACAAGGAGUACGUUCAAGAACGAGCAAACUUUUUCAACAGCAUUCUCCGAGAAGGAAGCACUAACGGCAACGAAGUUGUAGAUGCUAUGGUAGAUGCUUUAAUGUCUCCUGCACCCAAGGCACGUUACAUGGUAGCGAAGCUGAAGGAAAAAGCACUGGUGUUUGUGUGUGCUUUAUUCCCGACCGUUGUGAUGGAUUCCGUUUUGUCUUAUGCUCUGAGUAAAGUAAAACUCGCAUAGCCUAUGUUGGUACUACUGUGACUCAGGCGGGGCAGGUUUUUUUAAAUGUGAAAGCCAGGGCUGAAUCUAAUGCCCCCAGAAAUCAGUAUAAUGACAGCAAUUAUCUGAUACAAACUUUGGAGGGUCUCCCUUGUCAGAACUGUCAGUUAUUCAUAGGGAAAAACAUACAGGACUCCAUGUAAAAUGAAUACGUUUGUCUAGGUAACUUUAUUUCUCCCAUGUGGAAAAAAAAUAUGGCCACUUGGGCUGCUUUAGGUAUCACCUAGAAAAUUUAAUGCAGCUUUUCCUGAUAUUGGGUUACUGUGUUACAGGCAUGAUGGAGACAAAAUGGAGCAUAUCCUCGAGGGCAACAGCCCACCUGAAAUCAUUACAGCACAGAGGAAGAUACCUUAUUUGUAGGAACCUGAAUAGUAAUGUAUUAGGGGUGAUGGGAAAAGGUUAAUGGAAAAGUUAGGAAUGAGCAACAGACCUUGAAAUACUUUGAAUGAAGUUAAGUGACUGUGGAAAGGUAGGAAGUGCCGAAUAAUAAAGUUGUAAUAUGGAAAUAGUGUCUUCACUAACUACAGUUCAGUACUUUGUCAGGUAUUCUAUAUAAAUCUGUGACAAAGACAAUAUUUCAUGGACUUCGAAAAAGAAGUAGCAUAUUCCAUUUAUGAAUGAAUAUUCAAUCCUAAAUAAAAUCUA